GGAGAGAAAACAAGAGCGCGAGGAGUCGUUUCACUCCUCAUUUCAGCACCACGCGCCUCCGGGACAGCGCCCGAAUGAACUCGCGCGUAGAUUCGAGCGUCGCGUGCCUUAUAAGGGACAGAGCCGAGUCAGCACCAAGUCCGACCGCAGUGGAGUGAGACUUUAGAAAACAAACACACACACACACACACACACACACACACACACACACACGAACUUCUCCGAACCUGUAGCUCGGUGGACGCUGAAGGUCUUACUCCACCCGCGAGCCAGGAGCUUGUCGCUCCCUCCAACAACACAGCAACAGGGCAAGAAGCAUGUCUGAGAAGAAACCCAGCCAGCGGUUUCACAGCCUGAACUCAGAGCAGGUGGAGGUGCUGCAUCAGGUGCUUUCAGAAGUGGUGCCCAUCCACGGCCGCGGGAACUUCCCCACGCUGGAGCUGCGACCCCGUGAUAUUAUCAUAGCGGUGCGGGCCAGACUGCAGAAGCAGGGAAUCACGGUCAGAGAUGUCCGUCUGAACGGCUCCACGGCCAGCCAUGUUCUGGUUCGGGACAAUGGGACAAGCUACAAAGACCUGGACAUCAUCUUCGGAGUGGAACUGCCAAGCCAGGAGGAGUUCCAGGUCAUCAAAGAGUCCGUGCUGGGCUGCUUGCUGGACUGCCUGCCCGUCGGGGUCAACAGGGAGCGGAUCAGCAGCGCCACAAUGAAGGAAGCCUAUGUUCAGAAAAUGGUCAAAGUUUUCAACGAACACGACCGCUGGAGUCUUAUCUCGCUGUCGAACAACAGUGGCAAAAAUCUCGAGCUCAAAUUUGUGAGUGCCCUUCGGCGCCAGUUUGAGUUCAGCGUUGACUCCUUCCAGAUCAUUCUGGACCGACUCCUAGAGUCCUACAUGCAGCAGGACGUUAUGCACAAGUUAAAUGCUGUUAAGCUGAAGGACCAGUCAGCAGAAAGUGAGAGUAACUCCUUUUCAACCGAGCCCAGUCAGACCUCCGCUCCAGAUGCAGAGAAGCCCACCGUCCACUCAUCCGAUGAGCGAGGGGGCAAGCCAAGUGGGACAGAKCCGAGGGAGGAAGUGCAUGAAAAAGAGUCUCAGACCGAAUUCUCACAACAAGCUGAGCAUUCAGAAGAAACGAAAAGUUCCAAAGGAGACAAAGGGAAAGCAUCUGCAGAGAUGGACAUGUCUGAGCACAAAGGCAACCUGAAUGAUGAAGAAAAGGCACCUCUGAAUGCCGGGUUUGAAAAGAAACAAGCUUCUGAUGAAUCCGAGCCACAGGCUCAAACAGAAACUAAAUGCAACUCUGAGCUUGUAGAUCAGUCUCAGCCAUCAACGACAGCAGACAAGCUAGAGGAAACGAAGUCCUGCGAUGGCCAACAACCAACAGGUUCAAAUCUCAAGGAAGCCUGUGGCCAGAAAGAACUGGCUGACUACACAAAGCCGCCUGAUGAAAAGAGAGAAAUCGCAGGGCAGAUGGGACGUUCUGAUACGCCUAAUGCUUCUAAAAUAACUCAGGCAGAGUGUCUAAACCUUGCAGAGGAGCCCGACAGCACCGAGCAAUCUGAUAAAACAGACUUAUCUGAGCAUUUCAUAGAGGAUCAGAGAAGCAAUGAGGCAGAUAACACUCAACACGUGUCUGCCUCGGACACAUGCACAUCUUCAUGUGCAAAGAUAGAGGCGCGGUUAGAAGAUGAAGGCAGAGUGGAAACAGAGAGCAGGGAGCAGAUUGAAGCAGUAAGGGAAAGUGAUAGAAAAACGUGUGAAAUCACGCAGGAGUUUUCAGCAGCAGAGGAGAAACAUUUAGAAGACACACAGAGUAUUGAUUGUCCCUGCUCCACCUCUUCCACUCUUCCACUCAGCAGCACACGGCCCACUGACACGGACGAUACACUAGAGAUUCACAGCGCACAAUCCACAGGUAACUCAGAGAAAACAGCUAGCCCUUCUGAUCCCAUCAACCCUUCAGAUACUCAGGAUAAUUUACCCACACCACCUGGCCUUGUUUCUGACAAAAAGACCUCCUCCUCUCCUUCUUCUAAGGUCUCUGACAGACUGUCUCACAUGGUGGUGCUUAAACAUUCAUCCCCGAAACCCCCGAGGCGGAUGUGCAGAAAGGUCACGCCUAGCGCUCACUCCAGCCGAGUGUCUGAAAGUGAGCUUGUUGUUGCAGCCUACACAGAUUUAAACCCUUGCCCUGCAGGUGAAUCCAACAAAGAGUUUGAUGUGAAGCCAGUGAUUCCCACUUCAGACCCUUCAACUGUCCCAACAAGUAUCUCUCUCAAACCAAACUCUGGACCUGAACUUGAGCUUUCAAGUUACUCGUCUUCAGACCCUGAUCUUACCUCAGCUCCUGAUGCAGACCCUGAGAUACUUUUUCCAUCGCCUCCAGACCCCACAUCUCCGUUACCUCAAGAAGUAUCUUCCUCUAAGAUGGACACGACUGAUUUGUCUGAAUCGAGCCUGAAAGAGAUGUUAAACACACCCACAGCGAUGGAUGAGCAAAAUCAGUCCUGCAUGAAAGAAGGGGUCUUUGAACCCAAAGAAUCAGAGCUUCUUGAUUCAGCAGACACACCCAGCACCAACACCCAUGACCCUGAGAAAACAGCUGAAGAGUCUCCAGCUGGGACAGGGGAACAGACCAGAGAAAUAAGCUUGAAUCAGCCAAAUGUCACUUCACAAGAAACUACUCUAAGUUUACCGUCUUCCCAUGCCAUCAUCCCCCCAGUACUCAGUCUGUCUCCUCCUCACUACACACCCUCGCCCCCUUGUCCCAGUCCUCCCCCAUGUUUGACUCCCCCAUCUCCAAUGUUAAGCACCAUGAGCCCAACGAGCUUUAGCUCUCCACCCCAAAGUUUCAGCCCAACCUCUUCUUGCCUCAGCUCACCUCCUUACCUCACUCCUCCGAUGCUCAGCCUUAGCCCUCCUCCACUCUGCGUGACGCCGCCGUCCCCCUGCCUCAGCCCUCCCAUCCUCUGUUUCACCCCGCCAGUGGAGUCUGGUGACCUUUUACCUCAGGGAUCUUCGGAUACAGAGUCUUUGAUAAUAAAUGCAGAUGAGAAUGAGCAUGGCGACCUGUCCUCUCCUCAGUCAGGAGUUUCGCCCUUAGAGUUUGAGGAGACAAAGGAAAAUGAUUACAUCUCCUCUUUGCCUCAGGUUGUCGAGCCUGUCUCUUUUCCAAUCACAAUUCCAAGUUCCACCUCACCAGUUCUGCCUCACCCUCAGCCUGGGGAUUUAGCGGUACCAUCCCCUCCAAAAGCCACUGAGGCAUCGAUCACUGUGCCUGACAAUAAAGACGUUCCGAAAGCAGCCCCAGAAAUAACUGACCUGUGCAGUCCCUCUCAAGCAUCGGAUUCAGUGCCUGCAGUUGAGGUCUUGGCAGAGAGCAUGUAUGGGGACUUUGAGGCGGCAAUGGACCACCUGCGCUAUCGGCUGAUUGCCACCAGAAACCCUGAAGAGAUCAGAGGUGGCGGUUUGUUGAAAUACAGUAACCUGCUGGUCAGAGACUACCGACCAGCCAGCGAGACUCAGAUAAAGACGCUGGAGAGAUACAUGUGCUCGCGCUUUUUCAUCGACUUCCCCGACGUGCAGGAGCAGCAGAGGAAAAUUCUGUCCUACUUGAAGAACCACUUCAUCGGCGAGGAGAGGAGUAAGUACCAGUACCUGAUGACCCUCCGUCGGGUCAUAGACGACAGCACGGUGUGCCUGAUGGGACACGAACGGCGUCAGACUCUGAACAUGAUCACAGUUCUUGCUCUGAAGGUUCUGGGCGAACAGAACAUCAUACCCAACACAGACCAUGUGACGUGCUUCUACCAGCCAGCCCCAUACCUUGCCGAGCACACAGCCCCGUAUCUGGCAGAGCCUAGCUACUGCAGCUACUACAUACCACAAGGGGGAUCGACUCUGCUGUACCAACCUUACCCUUUACACCUCCACCCACAGACUGGACUAGUCUGAGACAAUGUGGCAUAAAAAAACACACACAAAAGAUUGAGGGGGAUUGUGCUCACCACGAGGGAAGAGCUGGAGAAUGGAAAACUAAUCCAGGGAUGAACUGUUUGGUCUAUAAUAGACCUGUGUGGGUGAAAUUGAGUGGGUUUCACAGUAAACUUCUUGAGAACUCCAUAAGGUUCUAACAUGAUUAUAUGUAAUUAUAUCCGGGCUUUGUGGGAAAAUAAUAAUUCUUCCGAUAUUGUUCAAAUUCCAGAAAAUGCCGUAUGCACUGCAUGAGUCAUAGGUCUUUGGUCUCCCUGGGAAACCAACUGUGCUGUUGACAUUCACACACAUCCAAACACACAUCCAAACACACAUGUCGGUGUGUGCGUGCACACUGCCAUGUGGACACACACAGACACACAAACACACUUCCAGGUUCUUAAAUUGUUGUUCACUCCUUUCAUGUUCUUACUGUGUUGUUCUUAAUGCGUUUGUUCAGAAUGUGGACCUUGCCUGUGGUUGAUAUUGUGCAUGGAUACAUUAGGACUGUUUUUUCACUGCCAAAUACUGUGUGACUACUAUGCUUCUCAGACAGUUUUAUGUAACUUUGUCAGUCCUUUACAGAAGGGAUGUUUUAUGAAAAAAAACAAAACAAACCACAGCGUGACGGGGCUACCAGUGUGCGCAGAGUUUUCAUGAGAGGAUGAAACACUCAAUGUUAGACGAUGCAUGAGUAGCUUAAUAGAUCACAUUUAAAGUCAAUUAAAGACGUUUAAUUUAUUAGAAACUGAUCUAUUUUUGCAAGACUUUCCGAGAUUAAAAAUACUGGUUAGUUCCAAAAGAGAAAUGCCAACAACAAUGCCUUUGGUGUAGACUGUACAGCAUAUCGGUUACAGUAUUUCUUGUGCAAAUACAACGUAUUGUUUUCAGGUAAACUGUGUUACAAUGUAGUGCUCGUUUCCUUUUCCCUUGUGGAGUUCUUUCUGUAACCAUGUGAGUUAUCGUACCAUCUUGUGUUGAUUUAAAUAUUGUUAAAGUUUACUCAGUGGAGGUUGCCAUGUUAUAACCAUCUUUGGGUCAUCUUCAAACAAGGCAGGUACGGAAGAUCUGCCGAGGCGAAAGAAAUUUUUUGCGUAAACUUGCAUGAUCGCUGUCUGAUUGCACCAUAACCAACACCGAUUGAGUUCAGACAGCCCAUUUGAACCUGCGCAACAGCAACUAUGGCCAAAGAUGGUUUGGUUUGGAAAACAAGUGCCUAAAUGUGAGACAUCGUCGGCAUGUCUUUAUCUUACUGCACUGUGGGUGUUCAAGGGGGUGGGACCAGGGCUGGGAUGGGUCUAUGUUCAGUUGUUUGACCCCUGUUACUGCUGCCCAUUUUGAUGUCUUCUUUAAUGUAGUCCUUUGUUGUAUUUUAUUCGUGUACGUUUUGAUAAAAUAAAGGAAAAAAAAUCAGUAAACCUCAA